AUGGCUUCUACACCAAAACAAGCGAAUGGUAAUUCGCCGUCAAAUAACGACCGCCCGGGUGGAAAACGGAAAAAAUCGCGUAGUAAAGGGACGUUCUUAUCGAAAUGGCUUGACAAAACACUGCGUGACAUCCAUGAACCUCCACCCAGUUUAGAAAUGUAUGAUUCUUUCAUGAAUUCCAACAUGUAUCCUCAAAUUUCUCCCGGGUUUAAUCCAUAUAAAUAUAAUACGUACGGUUGUGCACCAGAGCCGAUGUCUCUACCACCAUUGCCGACAUACUACAACCCUUUUAUACCACCACCUUACUCUGACUAUCCUAAUUCAAAUAAUCCACACGAGAUGCAGGGCCGGAAAACGCGUCCCCGGCGGCGCAAUGAAAACAAAGCAGAAGAAGUGGCAAGUUUCCCAACAGACAAUAUGAACCAAAAAUCAUAUCUGGAACUGAAACAUUUCUCAGAUAGCCAGGAUUUCGCAAGUCUACCUCCUAUUGUGACUUCAAUGGCAGAUACAAAUUCAAAUUGUGAUUUCCCGGAGCAAAAUGACAAAGAAGAUUCAAAUAAUACAAGAAGAUUCAGUGAUCCCUGUGUAAGAGGUUUGCCUGACGCUGAGAGGCAAGCUAAUGGGGAUGCAGACUCGGAUUCUUCUAGUUCUGGUUUGUCGGGAAGUCAAGUUGGCAGCCGUCUCUUAACCUGCCUUUUGGAUCAAAUUGCAUCACUAAAAGCCGCCAAUGGUAGACUGACGAAAGAAUUACAAGAAACUAGAGCUGAACUAGAUAGUCUGAGGCAGAAUGGUUAUUUUCCUAAAGGCUCAGGAAAUUUGGGAGCGGCUAAUCUUAACAGCAAUGGUAUGUACUCGCCCGGCUGUGUAGCUGAUAUGGUCAGGGAGAUUCGAGACGCUACCAGGAUCAGAGAGGAAGCGAUGUACGCCAGGUUGAGAGCAAUGCUCAUUGAGAAGACAGACAGCGGAUUAUCUUCAACCGAGUCGAAGCUAGCUGAGAGAACUCUCGAUGAAAUAAAGAGUUCGCUACGCGCCUCGGAGGCUGACAAACGACUCAUGAUGGACAAAAUACUGAAGCUAGAAGACGAACUGAGACAUUUAAGACUGAAUGGUUUGGACGGCGAUACACGAGUGAACGGUAAUGAUGAAGACGAUCGUAUGAGAUUACGAAGAGAACUUACAGAGAUGAGGAGAUCGAAACAGAACCCUGAGGAACACUCACACAAAUUGGAACGUCUUGUGACGCAGUUGCUAUCGAAAUUCAACGGACCUACACUUACCAAUGGAGAGGAUUCAUUGUUGAGCGAAAAUGAAAAUGAGAUUCGACCUAGACGGAUAAGUUCGUCUAAUUCAGCUAAAUCUUUGACUAAUCUCACGAAUGUUUUAUCCAAUAAUUUGUCCAAUACAUCCAAUUCGGGUUUUUUUGGCCCGUUGCAUUGGGGUUGCGUGGGACAGAGGGUAGGUGGAUCCAGGUAUGGUAAGAGGGAUCAGAAUCAUAAUGUGUCAGCUCAGUACCAGGUGUUGGGCUUAAAAAGAUUAGCAGCAAUCGUGUUAUAG